AUGAACAGGACCAAACUGAAGAAAGUCCAGGUGAGUUUAGGUUGUUAGCGGAUACUGGUGAACGACAACAAUGUUGAUAGUGUAAAACUAACGUGUCAGACUUGAACAAGGCUGUCUAAUGUUAAAUAUGACACUGACUAUUGAGUAUUAAUGAAAACUCUCUCAGCUGUUUAUCUUCUAGACCCCGCUGAAAUAAAAGAUAUAAUAAUCAUAAUGUAACAGAACAAACAGAAAUUUAAUGUUUACCUGGUGUUUCCUCUCAGGCUCCAUUGGGACAAAAAAACAUUUCAUCUUUCUUUUCCUCCCAAAACCACCAAAAGGUAAAUUUCUUUUUUUUUCUUUCUUUAAUAUCGUCUUUAUUGCUACCACUGUUACCUGAUGUCUUCUUACCCUGGACGCAGAGCUGGCCCAAGCCUCAUUGGGGCCCUCUCUUUGUGCCAAUAAUUUUGAUUGUUGAUCAUUCACACACCUACUACAGUAUAAAUUUAAUGCACCACAAAUGUCUUUACACAUUUAAGGGGAUGGCUUAGGUAAUAACAUAAAAAAUAUCAAUGCAACCAUACAAAUAAUACCAAUAAAUGACUGAUGAAUGAUGUUCAGGGUGCCAUAUAUGGUGUUUAAUCUCAAAAUGUAACACAUUCAGGAUGCUCAGUGCACAUUCUACAGCAGGAGGCACAUGACAGUAGUGGAGCUCUGAUAUAUACAUAUAUAUGAUAUAUACACACACAUAUAUAUAUAUAUAUAUAUAUAUAUAUAUAUAUAUAUAUAUAUAUUUUUUUUUUGAUUGCUUUGGGGUCCCCCUACUGGCUGCGGGGCCCUAAGCAGAUGCUUAGUUUGUCAAAAUAUUUGAGAAUUAUGGCUUUAACAGUGCAUAUACCUCUCUGCAGUCAAUGAUGAGUAGAGGCAUAUCCAACUUUCAUAACAUGAUUCUGCAGUUUUUAUCACUUUGUGCUUCUAGUCUUGUCUGUAUGUGUGGUGUAAUUUCCCUGUCUGGUAUCAUCAUGACAAGGGUCUUCAAGUUGUUUUUGCCAUUAGUAGUAAUAACAUAUUUUGUGCACAUGAUCUAUAUGACAAUGUACUGUUUUGUUUUGUUUUUUCCUCACUUGGCCUUUCAAACUCUUCUCGUUAAAAAUGUGUCCUCCAGUUUUGCCUGUUUUCUUUUAUCUGUCUGUCCUGCACUUUUGCAUCUGUUGUGGAUUUUUAUGAUCAAAUUACCACUAAAAAGUCAAAGGUGCUGUGCUAAAUUAUUCCUCUCUCUGUUGAUUCAAGGAUGGCUCUUUUUCCACUACAUUAUCUGUCGCUGGCACUGCCCUCAACAAGACUGCAGCUAAGAUCAAACAUGGCCAAACUUCAACAAUUGGACCUCAGUCCCCCAUAAAGAGGAGCAUCCUUGGGGACCUUGAAAACCUCCUGACCUCCUCUCCAGAUCUUCUUCUCUCUGUGCCUGAGACCCCUAACAGUCAAAUUAGACUGGCUUUUUCUUCUACAUCCAGUGAUCUGAGUCAAGUACCCGGCAGAGAAGAGACAGGUCUGAAGAAACUUGGUCACCUGUCACCCAUCUGCCGUAAUCCUCGCACUAAAGAGCAGAGUGUACAAAGAGUAAAGACUGAGGAUGGAGGACAAACCAAGCGGAAAGAGGGAUGUUUUGGGUCCUUAAAAAGGCUUUUCAGCCCUCCCAAAGAGUCUGUCAAUGCAAAAAGACCAAGAACAGCCAAUUUACCUGCACAAAUCGGUGCACUCAACCUCAUUGGUAGCAACCUGAAAGCAUCAGUGCCUGUGAUUGGCCCUCUGAAGACACCUUCUCCUUCCUGUAAACAGUCAGAAGAUCAACAGGAAAAACUGAAAGAGAACAAUGAAAAUGGCACUCACACUCCUGAUGUUCAACCAGAGACACCAAGUAUCAUAAAAUCAGCAAAUUCAGAGACAGACCUCACCAAGAAGGAGGGUGAGACAAACCCCGGAAACAAAGAUACCGCGGUAUCAGCAGUAAUUUGUGCAAACGGAGACCAAAACAAAGUGACCUCUUCAGAACAGGAGCCAGCUGGAGGUACACUGAUAGAUCAUUUCAUUGGCUCCAUACUACACGUUAAUCACAUUAUAAUGACAACUGAUACACAUCAUUAAUAUUAAUGGCUUUUGAAGGGAUCAAAUUUGACGUGAUCUCAUCAGCUACAAAAUGAAAGAUGGUUUAUUUUGGAUUUUUUCCAUCCAACAUUUGAGUCUUAUUGUAAAACUAAAAGCGUUGGUUUCAACAGUGCUUCAGUCUUUGCAUUUAAAGUAACUGUUUAAUAGACGCUUUGUUAGAAACAUGGUAUCACUUGAUUGGGAAGCAGCUUUAAAAACAAAUGCAUUUUAAAAUCCCAGAUACCCAAAUUUUGAAUUUUGCAUCAUGAUUUUAGUCAUUCAGUAUACUCACAGUGAUAUACACAGACCUGAUUUGUAUGCAUUACUUUCUUUUCAGAGUGGUUUCCUGCUUUUAUUUCAUUUUGUCUCUCUCCACACAAAAACAAACAGGAAUGAUGUCAGCUUGUCCUGAUGCAGAGGAGCUUGAUGACAGCUGGUUCACAGAUCAGAUGGAUCAUGAUGACAGAUGUGUCGCAGAGGAUAAACCUAAAAAACCUCUGUAAGAAACACAUCAGUGCUCUGUAUUGGAGAAAAAAUGAAAGUGUUUGAUUCAUUUUUCCUCCUUUUAUUAUAGAAAUGAGUUAAUUUGGAUCAAUUAUUUAGCAGUGUGUUGGGUUUUCAUGUCACUGUGUUUGGUUUGAUACUUGCCUUAUAGCAAGUGCCUGCCAGAAGAGAUGAUAAAAACAAAUCAAGAUCUUAAUGUUAAUUCUUGUUCAAUAUUUUGAUCCUGGUUUCUUAAAUAUGGUGCCUGAUUGAAAACACAUUAAUGAUAAUCAUCUUCUCACCUACAGGAAGGUGCCUGAUCAUGUCAUCCUAUCUGGAGGCUCAAACAACCGCUACUGGGUUUUAGAUGUGGAAGAACAAUCCAGCAGCAAAACACUGACCAUCUCAUGCUCCAAAUCUCUGCAUCCAACUGAGACAUGUCUGCUGAAGGAUGGAUGGUAACUCAGUUAGUCAGGAUCUUCCGAUCAUACUGAUUCGAUUCUUCAUGUCUGUCCUUGAACACAUCACUUUAUGGUUAAGAGCCUCCAAGCAGCUCAUAUUUCUGAAGGAUAAACUCUUUUUUACUUGUAUUUCUGUUCUGCUCAGUUAUUAGUGAAGAUAAACCUGUGCUUGCUGCAUCAUUUAGACAAAAUUAGUUCAGAAUAUUUGCAGAUUUGAUUCAAUAAAUAUCUCAGAGGCUAGUUCACAGGGGAUUAAUGCAUUUGGCAGUUUGACUUGUGUACAUGGAAGCUCUGCUCACAGUUUGCCUUCAUGAAUGAUUAAUGUGUCCUUCUGUCACACUGAGUUUUAGUAUUAAUGCCUCAAAGCAGUUUGUGUUUCUGCGUGUUUGCAGGGAGAUGACGCCUGUUCGCUGUGGGGAUGUGGUGCAUUUGGAAGGCCGCUCUGAUGGCGGUUCCUGGUUAGUGGACAGGGAGAACGGCUUCCUGGUUUUACAUCCUGAUAGUCUCAUCUCAGGGACCAGCAUCUCCAGCUCCAUCCGCUGCAUGAGGCGAGCAGUACUGGGAGACUUGUUCAAGGUGAACGUCUUUACUGCCACAAUUCAGAUCGCUUCCUGUCAUUUUUAUUGUCUCAUUACUGAGCGGUUUAUACAAAUAUCUGAGGGGGACUGAACGCUUCAAACACUAUUAAGGAUGUCACCCAUAGGCAGGAGAAUAAAACCACAAAGUAAUGAGUGAUUAUGUACUUGAUAUUAGAAAAUGUUAUAUUGAUCUAACUGCUUGACUGGGAUUGUGUAAGUAGUCGCAAGUUUACAUUAGGUCUGAAUGUUUGAUCUGUUGGCCUAGUACGUAAGAUGUGCAAAAAAAUGUUACACAACAUAAUGCUAAACAACAUCCUUCGAAAAGUUUUACCUUUCUAUCAAGUUAAAAUGUUAAGAACAUAUUUUUUUAAUGUUUUAUUUAGGAAUCUGGAUUUUAACGUUGGUGAAUUCAAUUACAAAACUUCUACAACAUAUUAUUUUAAAACAGUCGCUGAACUCUUUACCUUCCCCUGUUCUCUUUUUUUUUAAUGUGAUGUAGAGUUUUGACGGCGGCUCCAAACAAAUGCUGAAUGGCACCAUGGUCCACGAAGUGUUCCAGAGAGCAGCCGCAGCUAACGACUUUUCUCUGGAGACUCUGUCUAAACUGGCUGACCAGGCUCUGUGCAGCCCCCAGUACCUGGGAGACAUGUGAGUGGGUAGCUUGUACUGUUCACAGCACUGCAGAGUUUCGUUUUUCUGUGAUGAUUCACAAUGAAUGGAUGUUGGUCAGAACAGUAGAGCUUCCUCGAUAUCUGUCCGUAGCUUCUUUAAUCUUGUUGAGUUACAGUAUGUUUUGGUUUUUGUGUGUGUCCUCAGGUACAGUUUAGGUGUAUGCCAAGAGGAGAUGAAGCAGGAACUGCACGGUUAUCUGCCCUCACUGCAGGACUGGGCAAAAGAAUACCUCAACUCCCACACACCUAAAGCAAUAAGCCUCAAAAUGUAAUUCACACACACACACAUAUAUAUACACAUAUACACAUACAUGUGUGUCUACAGACAUAAAGAAGCUUUUAUAUAAGUGAUAUUGUGGCUUUCCUAGUACCUUUAAAAAGUCGCAGAGAAUAGGUCCUGUAUAUUUGUGUAACACGCUGCUGCUGUUCCAAAGAAGUACCCACAGUAUAGCGAGGUUUUUAGAGCUUUUAUAACAGAAAAAACGCUUCUGCAGUGGCCAGUGAUUUACACGCGCACAUCAGAUGUUAUAUGUGAACACUUUGCAUUGUGUGUCAUUGCAAACAAAGAACAUAAAGCACGGUCAACAAAAAUCACAGCUACAUAGGCUCACCUCUCCACCCCUGUGCAGGUGAGACAGCCCCUUAUACACUCACCGGCCACUUUAUUAGGUACACCUGUCCAACUGCUCGUUAACACUUAAUUUCUAAUCAGCCAAUCACAUGGCGGCAACUUAGUGCAUUUAGGCAUGUAGACAUGGUCAAGACAAUCUCCUGCAGCUCAAACCGAGCAUCAGUAUGGGGAAGAAAGGUGAUUUGAGUGACUUUGAACGUGGCAUGGUUGUUGGUGCCAGAAGGGCUGGUCUGAGUAUUUCAGAAACUGCUGAUCUACUGGGAUUUUCACGCACAACCAUCUCUAGGGUUUACAGAGAAUGGUCCGAAAAAGAAAAAAUAUCCAGUGAGCGGCAGUUCUGUGGGCGGAAAUGCCUUGUUGAUGCCAGAGGUCAGAGGAGAAUGGCCAGACUGGUUCGAGCUGAUAGAAAGGCAACAGUGACUCAAAUAACCACCCGUUACAACCAAGGUAGGCAGAAGAGCAUCUCUGAACGCACAGUACGCCGAACUUUGAGGCAGAUGGGCUACAGCAGCAGAAGACCACACCGGGUGCCACUCCUUUCAGCUAAGAACAGGAAACUGAGGCUACAAUUUGCACAAGCUCAUCGAAAUUGGACAAUAGAGGAUUGGAAAAACGUUGCCUGGUCUGAUGAGUCUCGAUUUCUGCUGCGACAUUUGGAUGGUAGGGUCAGAAUUUGGCGUCAACAACAUGAAAGCAUGGAUCCAUCCUGCCUUGUAUCAACGGUUCAGGCUGGUGGUGGUGGUGUCAUGGUGUGGGGAAUAUUUUCUUGGCACUCUUUGGGCCCCUUGGUACCAAUUGAGCAUCGUUGCAACGCCACAGCCUACCUGAGUAUUGUUGUUGCUGACCAUGUCCAUCCCUUUAUAACCACAAUGUACCCAACUUCUGAUGGCUACUUUCAGCAGGAUAAUGCGCCAUGUCAUAAAGCUGGAAUCAUCUCAGACUGGUUUCUUGAACAUGACAAUGAGUUCACUGUACUCAAAUGGCCUCCACAGUCACCAGAUCUCAAUCCAAUAGAGCAUCUUUGGGAUGUGGUGGAACGGGAGAUUCGCAUCAUGGAUGUGCAGCCGACAAAUCUGCGGCAACUGUGUGAUGCCAUCAUGUCAAUAUGGACCAAGCUCUCUGAGGAAUGCUUCCAGCACCUUGUUGAAUCUAUGCCACGAAGAAUUGAGGCAGUUCUGAAGGCAAAAGGGGGUCCAACCCGUUACUAGCUUGGUGUACCUAAUAAAGUGGCCGGUGAGUGUAUAACCGACCGGCUUUCAAACACAGUGCCCAUGUGACCCAAACCCAGCGAAACCAAUGGCAACCAGACAAAAGUAAUUGAACACAGGAUAACCAAUCAGCAAAGCAACAUUAUGGGUCCUACAAGUAAUGAAGAGAAAACAAACAGGGAGAUAAAGGGACACUUUUCCAACUAAUAAUGUGACUUAAAUCAGUGUUUAAAUAAUUACUUAAAACUUUGAGAUGUUAUGUUUUGUCUCUGUCUUCAUCCACUCAGUCCAACCAGCAGCAGAGCUCUAAGUGGCGGUCAGGGCUCGGCCUCUGUUGUCACAGUCACAGAGCUGGCAGACAUCGAGGAAAAUGUUUGGUCUCCCAGAUUCGGCCUGAAAGGAAAAAUCGAUCUAACAGCCCGGGUUAAAAUCCAAAGACCCCGAAACGGUACAAAUAGAUCCCCAGAGGAGAGGACUGUCCCCUUGGAGCUGAAGACAGGGAAGGAGUCAAACUCAAUAGAGCAUCGCAGCCAGGUGGGUGGACCACAGCGUGUUCAGAUGGGUAUACUUAUUUAGACCGGUGAGGUCAGAUGCAAAGCGAUAAAGGCAAAUGUAAAAUAACAACAGAAAUGUGGUCUUUUGUGUUUAGGUGAUUCUUUACACUCUGAUGAGUUUGGAAAGGUACAAUCCUGAGGUUGGCUUUCUGCUUUACCUCAAAACUGGCAACAUGCACCCUGUAGUGGCCAGCCAUAUGGACCGCAGAGGUACAGUGUGAUCCACAUUGGCUCAACCUUGCUUCUUACUUAAAUUGUUGAAUCUUGCAUUAUUUAGAAUUUGAAUAAAACUGAGAUUGAUAUGUACUGAGAAAGACCUUGAUUUCCUGAAGAUGGAUGUUGUAUUGAAUGUAAAGUAAAUUCAUCUGCUUGAACCACUUCAUUAUAGCACAUUAAAACCAAACGAUGAGCUUAGUCUUUUUCUGCUCUUUCACCUUCACUGUCUGUUCAUCUCAGAGCUGCUGAAGCUGAGGAACACCCUGGUCCAUCACAUUCACAACUGUGUGGAGAAAGAAGGGAAGCAGAGCCAUUUAUCUCGACUCCCUGACAUCCUGACCAACAGACAAACCUGCCAGUACUGUCCACAAAGGAGAAACUGUGCUUUAUAUGAGAGGUACACGUUUUAAACCAAACUGGAGGCAUUCAAAGUUAUGUUACCUGUCAUCAUUCAUACAGUAUAGUAUAGCUGAGGUUUGGGGUUCGAUGAGGACUUAAAUGAUCUCACUAAACCACCAUUAUCCCCUCCCUCUUUAUCAGGGCAUUGGAUGGCAGCUCUGCAGAUUCCACCGAGGAUGUUGUACGUGACUUCCUGCACCAGGAGACGGGUCACCUGACUCCACCACAUCUUACCUACUUUUCUCAUUGGCUGUUGCUCUGCUGCCUCGAGGCUGGAACCAUGGAGGCCAAGAACGGCCGAAAGCAUGUGUGGCUUCGGACGGCAGAGGAGAGGUAUUAGACUGGUCCCUCACAUCCAAAUACUUACGGUCUUUGGCCUUUGACUCCUGUGUUGUGAUUGAAUAGUUUUAACUCUGUGCUCUGUGUUCCCAGUGAGAAGAGUGGGCGCUGUGUGGGGAACGUGCAGCUCAGCGGUACAGUCACUGUGCAGUCUGAAGGAGUUUUCCUCCAUCGUUUCCAGAGGAGCAGUGCGGUUCAACAGAAGGGUUUGACCCACAGCGGUUUAUCCAGCGGAGAUCGCAUUGUUGUUAGCGACCAGGAGGGUCGUCUGGUUGGUUUAGCAACAGGAUACCUGUGUGAAGUCAGCAGGACAUCAGUCAGCUGCACCCUGGACAGGUGAGAAUAAACCCACAAACACCUUUAAGUACUAAGUCUGCUUGUCAAUGUCAUACAUGUGAUUUCUGCUCUAAAUGAAUUUUACAGAGAUCUGUCAAAGUUCAGCGGUGUGGUGUUUCGACUGGACGGGGAUGAAGGUGUGGUCGGCCUCAGCACUCAUCUCACCAAUCUUUCCAGACUGAUGGAGAAUCAUCAGGACAGGUAGAGUGAAACAAAAUAUGGUCAAACAAUCGUAUUCAUGCAAAGUUGAGACCUGAAAAGUUCUCUGUUCGGUCUCAUGUUUAUGUUCAGUGAUCGCCUAAGGGAGCUGAUCGUCGACCAUCGUCCUCCAGAGUUUAUUUCCAACCUCAGCUCUGUUCUGCCAAGAGAAGCCAAAGACACCGUGGCCAACAUCCUCAAAGGUGACACAGUUCGAUUGUAAAAAUUCAUCUUAUUUAUUUGUUUUUACCUUAAAUACAAGUGUGGUCACUUCAUGUAUUUGUGUGUUUAUAGGUCUCAACAAACCACAGAAACAGGCCAUGAAGAAGGUGCUGUUAUCUAAAGACUACACACUGAUUGUUGGCAUGCCAGGCACAGGAAAAACCACAACCAUCUGCACCCUGGUAACUGAUAACUCCUUUACUUGUACUGUCAUCCACGUGGCACCCUCUACGGUUCUCACUUUCCUCUGCUCUUUGUACUUUUCCCGCUUUUUAUUCCAGGUUCGCAUCCUUCACGCUUGUGGGUUCAGUGUGUUGCUGACCAGCUACACACACUCUGCUGUCGACAACAUCCUGCUGAAGCUCAAGCGCUUUCGGGUGGGGUUCCUGCGUCUUGGGCAGGGACAGAAGGUAAGAUCUUGGAUAUUAUUUUAGAAGUAAAAAGCUAACAACUUUCCACUUUGUGAUUGUUUUUUGUAACUCGAAAUAUAUUUUAACUGUUUUUUUAAAGGCAGAUUUUGAACAUCUGCUUUUAAAAAUAAAUGCCUCUCUUGGUGUUGCACAAAUUACUUUUAAGUAUUUAUGGAGCGACACAAUCCCUUGAUAACUUUGCCAAGUCUGCACAGAGCUAAUGAAGGAUCUCCACACCAAAGAAUAAAAUCUAGAGCUCUUGCUUUGUCCCUUCAGGUUUCCACUCCUCUGACUCUCUGAUUUUACUUUCAUCCUGCUGCAGGUUCAUCCAGACAUCCUACCUUACACAGAGGAAAGCCUGAGAAAGAAGGGCGUUCACACACUGUCAGAUUUGGAGCAGCUUUACAACAAAGAGGUCAGGAGUGAAUUUUUGCAAUAUCCUUGCAACAGCUUCCAGAUGAGACAAAUGCAUUUACAAACCCCUUCUUUAAAAUAUCACAUUUCACUGUUUUUGCUUAUUAAAGACAUUCAACAUGCACAUUGUGUAGCUUAAGCUAUUUAUAUGAAUCAAGUUAACGACCAAUAACUCCGUUCUUCUCUUCUCUCUUUUCCAGCUGGUCGUGGGUACCACCUGUAUGGGCAUCAAACAUCCACUUUUCUCCCGUCGUCGCUUUGAUUUCUGCAUUGUAGACGAAGCUUCACAGAUAAGUCAGCCCAUUUGUGUCGGCCCUUUGUUUUAUGCCAAGAGAUUCGUCCUGGUUGGAGACCACCAACAACUCCCUCCAAUAGUGCAAAAUCAAGAAGCUAGGUAAAGUCAAAGUUGGUGAUGUAGGAGUUACAGUGGCCUCUGUUACUUGUUAGAGAAUACAAUUACCACUGUCAGUUAUCUUUAUACCGUCUCUUACCUGCAGGUCACGUGGCAUGGAUGAAAGUCUGUUUAAGCGACUCGAGCUCCACAGUGAAGCAGUGGUCCAGCUGAAUGUACAGUACAGGAUGAACAGGUAAACAAACAUACGCACAGAGUUGGUUUACUCACAAGCUCAUCCCUCAGACUCUGUAAAUAGAGCUGAUUCUCUCAUCCUGUUCAAGCACUGCAGAUCAAUCACUCCAUCUACCCAACCAGUACAAACCUGCAGGUACAACAUAACUGUGUGCACUCCUCUGUGUUUUAGACAGAUCAUGUCUCUCAGUAACUCCCUGAUGUACGAGGGUCGGCUGGAGUGUGGGUCAGAGAGGACGGCUGAGGCUCUUCUCAACCUGCCUUUCCUACUCUCUGUCCAAUCAGAGAUCAGCUCACACUCUAACACUGAUCCCCAACAUGACCUGGCUUGGGUGCAGGCUACAUUGUUACCCAGCAACCCCGUCUGCUUCCUGGAUUGCUCAAUGGUUGGUAGAAUAUGCAUUGCAUUAUAAAUGGCAGUUUAAGUUUUUUUUCUUAAAAUGAUAACACUCAACGCAAUAUGAUUAAUUUGACAUGUCGUAGUGUGGGCCUGCUCUGUCUGUGGUUGGUCAGUGGCAUUAGUCUGUGCUUAAAAAAAAAUUAGGACAGUAUUUGAAAAGAUCUAAAAUCCUUCUUUUCUGUUUCCUUUAGGUGCCAGCACUCGAGUCUGUGGAGCAAGGAGGUGUUAGUAAUCACACUGAGGCAGCUAUCGUACACAAGUUGCUAUCACUUAUAAUAAAGGUAUUACAGAUGUCCAACUGCAGUGCAGUUAAAUAUUCUGUUAGCCUGAGCUUCUUUCUACUCACAAAGUGUGUUAUGCAUCAAAUUGAAGCAGUAAAGACAAAGAAAUAAUCAGUGCAUCUUCUCAUCCUCUCAGGCAGGGUGUAAGCCCAGUGAUAUAGGUGUUAUCGCCCCCUACAGACAGCAGCUGAAGAGCAUCUCUGCUCUGCUGCAGUCCUCUUCCUUCACUGGUGUGGAAGUGAACACAGUGGACAAAUAUCAAGGACGAGACAAGAGCUUGAUUGUUCUCUCUUUUGUCAGGAGCACUGUAGAGGAAGGACAUGUAAGUCUUUCUCCUGCCGUCUCCCUGUUGGUCUCUCUUCUCGCUCCUCAGUUGAUUCACAAGCAGCAGAUUCACAGUUUGAUGGCAGCCUCACUUGAUUGUCACCUGCUCCUUUUAUUCACAGUUGGGAGAGCUGUUGAAAGACUGGCGUCGCCUGAAUGUCGCCAUCACCAGGGCCAAACACAAGCUGCUAAUGGUGGGCUCUGCUACGACGCUGCGACGCUACGCUCCUGUGGAGAAACUUUUGAACCAUCUUCAGCAGGAGAACAUGAUAUCCUUUAAGCACUGA